AUAUCACACAAAUUCUACAGUUACUUUAAACAUUUAAAACAUAUAAUUUGAACUAAAUAAAUUAAUGCUCGUUUUUGUUUUUACAAUCAUGGGCGAUAAACAUGCGCGCUAUGCUUCCGUGUGAGCCAUCAAUUGGUCAUAGGGUAUUUUAAAUGCGCACCCCUAAGCCAUCGCGAUCGCGUAUUUAUGCACAACAUCACAUAGUUCGUGCACUCGUGUUUUUAUUUAUUCGAGCACAAAAUGACGUUAUUUGCGUUUCUAAAAAGCCGACCAAUAUUCUGGGCAAGCGUGGCGGGCACCUCGGUGGGUUGCGCCUGCUUUAUAAAAGACCUUAUGCAAGGCGGCAAAUUCACGAAAGAGACGGAUGAAACGGACAAAGUUGUUAUUGUAACCGGUUCAAACACGGGCAUAGGCAAGGAGACGGUGCGGGAGUUGGCGCGAAGGGGAGCCACUGUUUAUAUGGCCUGUCGAGAUAUGAAAAAGUGUGAAGAGGCACGAGAGGAGAUUGUACUAGAGACCAAAAACAAAUACGUUUACUGCCGCCAAUGUGAUUUGGCAUCUUUGGAUUCCAUACGUAACUUUGCGGCCACCUUCAAACGGGAACAGGCUAAUCUGCAUAUACUCAUCAACAAUGCUGGUGUAAUGCGAUGUCCUCGUUCAUUGACCAAAGAUGGGUUUGAGAUGCAGCUGGGCGUCAAUCACUUGGGACACUUUCUGCUUACAAAUUUAAUGCUAGACGUGCUGAAGAAAUCGUGUCCCAGUCGCAUCGUAAAUGUGUCCAGUUUGGCGCAUACGCGAGGUGAAAUCAACACGGCAGAUCUAAACAGUGAGAAGUCCUAUGAUGAUGCAAAGGCCUACAACCAGAGCAAGUUGGCCAAUGUUCUAUUUACACGGGAACUGGCCAGACGGUUAGAGGGAACUGGAGUAACAGUUAAUGCCCUACAUCCUGGCAUAGUGGACACUGAACUCUUUAGGCAUAUGGGCUUUUUUACCAACUUCUUUGCGGGCUUGUUCGUUCGGCCUCUGUUUUGGCCAUUUGUGAAGACAGUCAAGAACGGGGCACAAACGAGUCUGUAUGUAGCGCUUGAUCCGGACUUGGAAAACGUAACUGGAAAAUACUUUAGCGACUGCCAUCUUCAGGAAGUAGCGCCCGCUGCGACUGAUGCACAAACUGCCAAAUGGCUUUGGGCUGUGAGCGAAAAAUGGACGUGUUCCCCAAUACUGGAUAUCAAGACUGAAUUUGAUUUUGAGCGCUUGAACAGAAGAAACAUGUGUGCUUGUAUUGAUUGUCUUCUGUGCCCAUGCAUAGUCUGGCCGGCACUCUUUGGCCUUGGUGUUUACUUUCUUAGACAGUACAUGCAGGGCGGCCAGUUUACGAAGGAGACUAAUGAAACCGGCAAGGUGGUAAUUGUAACCGGCUCGAAUACGGGCAUUGGCAAGGAGACGGUACUUGAACUGGCUCGUCGAGGUGCCACUGUCUAUAUGGCCUGUCGGGAUAAGGCUAGAACAGAAAAGGCACUUUUGGAAAUUGUACAAGAAACGGGCAACAAAAAUAUAUUCUUUCGCGAACUCGACUUGGCAUCUCUGGAAUCCAUUCGCAAUUUUGUUGCUGACUUCAAGAAGGAACAGGAUAAACUGCAUAUUCUCAUUAACAAUGCGGGCGUUAUGCGUUGCCCGCACAUGUUGACAAAGAAUGGCUUCGAAAUGCAGCUGGGCGUCAACCAUAUGGGUCACUUUUUGCUUACUAACUUGCUGCUGGAUUUGCUGAAGAACAGUGCGCCCAGCCGUAUUGUCAACGUUUCCAGCUUGGCUCAUACGCGUGGCAGCAUCAACAUUGACGAUCUGAACAGCGAGAAGUCCUAUGACGAGGGCAACGCCUACAGCCAGAGCAAGUUGGCAAACGUUUUGUUUACGCGGGAGCUGGCUAAACGCUUGGAGGGCACCGGAGUGACCGUGAAUGCUUUACAUCCGGGUGUUGUUGACACAGAACUCGGUAGACACAUGAAGAUUUUUAAUAAUACAUUUGGACGCUAUGUUCUAAGGAGUUUGUUGUGGCCUCUGCUCAAGACGCCCAAAAGUGGAGCACAAACUACCUUAUAUGCAGCUCUAGACCCGGAAUUGAGUAAUGUAACUGGCAAAUAUUUCAGCGAUUGUGCUGAGAAGAAAGUUGCGCCCGCUGCGACCGAUGAUAAAAUGGGAAAACUCCUUUGGGAAGAGAGCGAGAAAUGGACUCACUCCAAGAAAUAAGAUUAUGCAAAAUUAUAUGAAAUAAUAAUAGUCAUUGGUGUAUAUAUGUAUGCUACAAUAUGCCUAAUCUAAA